AUGGUCUCCAGCACGCCGCCAUAUUGGCUGUUGUCCUGUCCAAAGCGUCCAGGUCUGGGCUGUUGACUUUGGGGGGGUUAUUUUUGGCGUCGGGGCCGGCUGUGUGAAUUCGAGGAGUCGUCUAGAGGAGCGAGAAAUGACCAGGAGGAGGAACAAGCAAGGAAGCACCCGCAGGGAGCGCACAGUGGGCCAGCAGAGGCCGGGGAAAGGCUCCCCUGCUUCUGAUGGAGCAGAUACAGAUGCCAGAGAGAGGAUGGAAGAUGUGGGAAAAGGAGGACAGGUAUUGCCAUCUUCCAGUGAGUUUGUACAAACAUGCUGCCUCUUGUGUCACCGGGAAAGAAAAGAUUGGUUGGGUUCACCGCCUCACAAUGGGGUGCUCUCCGCCAUGGAUGAAAUUCCUGCUUCUUUCAUGCCUUCCUUGGCACAGAAUCUUUUGGGGGAAAUGCCACUGUGGAUUUGCCAGAGCUGCCGGAAGAGCGUGGAGGAAGAGGAGAGACAGACGAUGCCAGAGCAGCCUUUAGCGGUAUCUCUGUCACACGCAUCCUGCAAGUCCCAGUCCUGUGGUGGUGGUUCACACUCCUCCUCUUCCUCAUCAUCUUCCUCUACAUCUUCAUCUUCCUCAUCCUCCUCUUCUUCAUCCUCUUGCCAUGGAAACUCUGGGGACUGGGACCCCAGCUCUUUCUUGUCUGCCCACAAGCUGUCCGGGCUUUGGAACUCGCAGCACUCCAAUGGGAACAUAGGAGGAGGAGGAUCUGCAGGGGAGAAGGGCAGCAGGCUUCCGCCAUCUCCGGAGCGUGGUAGCAAGUCAUCGAAGCUGUCUGGUUUAAAGGUGUGUCCAUAUAGCCCAUCUGGAGCCAGCACAGGAACUCUCCCUACCUCACUUAACUUUUGUAAAUCUCCAAAACAGUUCAAAAGCAUGUGCCAUAGGCCAGCAUCCCCAGAUUGUGUUCUUUUAGGGGAAGCUUAUCAUUCGGAGCACAGUCGCCAUUCGGAUCCUAGUGCUCCUCCGAACAGUCCAACUGGACUAGCAUCUCAACCUCCAGUCUCUCCCCACAGUCCUCCGCACCCAUACCUCUCUUCAUCUAAUUCUGCAGCCCCUUUUUCAGCAACAAGCCUCUCGCCUCACACUGCACCCUCUAAAGCCACUGUCUGCCCCAGCUCUGGAGCUCACAGAAGUCCUCAUAUAACAGGGUCCAGUCCAUCUCUCAAAGUAAAUCCGCCUCCCCCGCCACUCUCUGCCUGUAGCCAUCCCUGCAAUGGACACUGUAAUGGAACAAAUGCACUACAAGGAGGAAGCACACCUGGGACCACCACCAGGGAUUCAACAUGUCGAGGACACAAGUUUUCCAAUGUAUCAAGCUGCUCCAACUUGCAACCCUGUGAGGCAGACGAGGGUCUGGGGGAAGAUGAAGACAGUAGCUCAGAGCGUAGUUCAUGCACUUCUUCCUCCACCAACCAGCGAGAUGGCAAGUUCUGUGACUGCUGCUACUGCGAGUUCUUUGGCCACAACACGCCACCUCCAGCCCCGACAAGUCGAAAUUAUCCAGAGAUGCGUGAAAAACUUCGAUCACGUUUAACAAAGAGGAAAGAAGAGGUCCCACAGAAGCGGCACUCUCUGGGAGAGCAGGCUGUAGACCACCGGGAUGUUGAUGAACUUUUAGAUUUCAUAAACAGUAAUGAACCCAAGUCGUCCAGCAGCAAUAAAGCUGCAAAGCGAGCACGACACAAAUUGAAGAAAAAGGAGAAAGCCCUUCAAGAAGCUGAUGCUGAGAAGUCAUCUGACAUCUUUAGUUCAUCUGUGGAAGAUAUGGGGGCUCCAUCUUCAGGCGAGAAGUUGCUUCAGUGGCCUCAGCUUGAGUUGGAGCGAGUAAACAGUUUUCUAACAAGCCGGCUUGAAGAGAUCAAGAAUACCAUCAAAGACUCUAUCAGGGCUAGCUUUAGUGUGUAUGAUCUAAAUCUCGAUGUCAACGAUUUUCCCAAAAAAGCAGCUGUUCUGGAGCAGAAAAACUUGCUGUCCCACCUCAAUGGUUCCUCUGAUCUCCAAGAGAUUGAUCUUGACCUGUCUCCCCUAACACUUGGUGUUUCAAAGGAUGAAAAAUUGACAGAGAGUGAAGUCAAUACUUCUACUCAAUCUACAGAAAAUGGUGUUGUGAAAAGGCUAAGUGCUGUUCCUAAUCUCUCUCGAAUGAUCUGGGUUCAAUCUCAGCAGAACGCAGAAUCUGGGGAAAGUGGGGAUACAAAUUCUGCCAGUACCCCAGAAAACCAGUUAUCAGUUAGUUCUGAAAAUCAGAGACCCCAAAUUCAGCCAGGAGUGUCUCUCACUGGAGGUCGUACAAAGAAGAGCAAAAAAACGAGCCUCCAAACACGAAAGUGUGAACCUCAUAUUUGGGAAGCUGCGCCACCUAGAAUCAGUACAACAGGAGCAAAAGCCCAGCGGAAGCCUUUACCUGAGAAAACAGAAGAGACUUCAAGUCAAGGACCAGACACUGUGAAUUCAGUUAUCACCAGGUCAGAAAAAGAGAAAAGUGAGCCUGGUGGAUCUGAAAGGACAGAUGCCAGAGUCACUGCUGGGUCUAAAAGCAAAUCCAAGAAGAGUAGGAACAAAACGGAUAAACCUCGUAUUUCCGUUGAUGAUGUGUUCCUUCCUAAGGAUGUAGACAGCACGGAAAUGGAUGAGACUGAUCGGGAAGUAGAAUAUUUCAAGAGGUUCUGUCUGGACUCUGCCAAGCAGACACGGCAGAAGGUGGCGGUAAACUGGACCAACUUUAGCCUGAAGAAAACCACUUCCGAUGUGGCACAAUGAUGCCUGCACUUCCUAUAUUUCCCCUUUCUUCUAACGUCACCAGUCCACUUGUUUUAACUAGACCUCUGACCUCUGGUUCCCCACUGCUCCAUUUUGCACACUUUCACAAGCUGUUUUAAAGGUUUUUAAUAUUGCAUCUCCACUGCCCUUUUUUAUUUGUAUAUUUUCUAUCAUGGCAAACCGCAUUUUAUAGCUCUUGUAAUUCAGGUCUUCAUUGUUGGCAUCACA